UCCCAGACAGGUGAUUUCCGAGACAGGUUUAGUUGAAGUAUAUUCAUCUUGGUCUAUUAGGACUUGGCGCACUCAAAAAACUCAAAAAAAUCGUUUUUAAUGGGUAUUAUUAAACCAACGAUUAUUACGUUUUUAUUUCGGUGUGUGUAAAAACCAAAAAAAAAACAGUCGAACCAAGGACGUGUGUUUAUAUAUUUAUGUAUGUAUGUAUUUAUUUACAAGACGUUGUUUUAAAUAGGCUUCAGAGGCCGCGACAAAUACACGCUUUCUUUUCAUUUCUCUCGCUCUUUAUUUAUAUAUAUUUUUGAAUUACGGUUUUUUGUUUUUUUUUUCAACUAUGGAAUCGUUUUCAUCCACACUAAAAAUCGGGAAGAAAAACUACUCCGGGCUGCUCAGUUGGCGGCUGUUCAAAUGGACAGAACUGAACAAGAGGAACGAAGAGAAAACAGCGUGUGUGGAGAGGGUGCCGGUGGAGGAGAUUGUGGGGGUGCAGGCAGGAAGGCUGGAGCUGCUGCCUGAGAAAAGGGUUGAGGAAUCAGAGACAGAGUUCACCGUGUUGUAUGUGAGGCGUGUGCGCGGUGCUCAGCGCUGGUCUCUCGGACGCACCGUAUUCACCGCGCCGGACCCCGAGCUGAGAGACCGCUGGGUGCAGAACCUGAGACACAGCACUGAGAAAUACAGCGAGGAUCGUCCGAAGAAUCUGCUGGUUUUCAUCAACCCGUUCGGGGGUCGCCAGCAAGGUCGCGAGGUCUACCGGACCCAGAUUGCACCCCUGUUUGAGCUGGCGGGGGUCAGAGCCCACGUACUGGAAACUGAACGAGCCAAUCAUGCGAGAGAUUACAUUCUGAAGAAGGACCUUACUGGGUUUGAUGGGCUGGUGUGUGUGGGCGGGGACGGAAUGUUCAGCGAGCUGAUGCACGGCCUGAUUGGUCGAACGCAGUGGGAGGCAGGAAUUUCGGAACAUGACCCCGAAGCGACCCUGGAGAGCUCCUCACUCAGAAUCGGAAUCAUUCCAGCAGGCUCGACGGACUGUGUGUGUUUUGCCACUGUGGGAGUGAAUGAUCCCAUCACCUCCGCACUGCACAUUAUUAUUGGAGACAGCCAGCCCCUGGACGUGUGUUCCGUGCAUCACAAGAAGAGGCUGCUGAAAUACUCUGUCUCAUUGGUGGGCUACGGUUUCUAUGGAGACGUGCUGGCAGACAGCGACAGACACAGAUGGAUGGGACCAAUCAGAUACGACUACUCAGGUUUAAAGAUGUUUCUGAGCAAUCGCAGUUAUAAAGGCACCGUGCGCUUCCAGCUGGCUGAGUCACAGAGUUCGAACCCGCGCGACAACACACGCUGCAGAACCGGGUGUAUGGUUUGCUCCGAGUCGACGGAGAGACUCUGCAGUCUGGUGGAUUCUGCCUUUGAUUCUCUUUCCAGAGCCAGCCUGAGCGAGUCCCAGGUCUCGUCCUGUUCAGUCUCGCUCCCUGGGGAGUGGAGGUCAGUUUCCGGCUCCUUCAAGGCGGUCAACCUGACCUGCAUGUCCAGCGCUUGUCCCAAGAGUCCCGGCGGACUGUCACCAAGUGCCCACCUCGCAGACGGAACUGCCGACCUCAUCCUGGUUCGGGACUGCGGGAGAGCAGAGUUCCUUAAGCACCUGAGCAGACACACCAACAACAAGGACCAGUUUGACCUGCCCUUUGUCGAUGUGUAUCGCGUGACUGCUCUGCACUUCUCCCCUGAAAAUGAAGAAGAGGAUGAGAAUGAAGGGAUGGAGACAGAGGAAGGAACGGAGGGCAGCAAGCGCAAGACGAGCAGCUUCCUGUCUGGGCUCUGCAGCACGCCCCCUAGCCGCUCAAAGUGGAACUGCGACGGGGAGCUUGUAACUCACACUGCGAUCCACGCACGGGUCCACUGCCAGCUGAUCAGGCUCUUCGCUCGGGGAAUUGAAUCAUCGCAUGGAAAGAGGAGAGGAUCUCGUCUGAUGUACUAUAAAUGACCGGGUUACUCCGUGCAAACACACAGACAAACCCUGAAGAAAACUCCUGAACGAGAGGGAGAGGGAGAGGGAGAGGGAGAGGGAGAGGAGUCCGUUCAGCCCCUCGGAGCUCAUCCGGUUCUGAGCAUCUGAUUGAUCUCAGAACCUUUUCAAGUCGGGUCUUAAAGGAUACAAAUGAGAGGGAGAGUGUCUAUUUGUAAUAAUAUAAUAAUCUCUCUAUAUAGCGCCUUUCAUAGUGGACCCCCCCAUCACAAAGCGCUUUACAGAGGCAGGCUGUGAACUGUGCAUUAUAUGCAGAGUCACUUCCAAUAGGACGUUGAUUUAACAUCUCAUCCGUGGGACGGAGCACAAGGAGGUGAAGUGACUCGCUCAGGGUCACGCACAGGGAGUCAGUCAGUGGCAGAGGUGGGAUUUGAACCAGUGACCUUCUGGUGAUAAGCCCUGGACUUUAACCACUGGACCACAGAGCCUCUGAGCAGCUAUGAAAGACCCAUUCAAAUACCACCGAGUUCACAGGCAGAGCUAGCAGCGUGAUGGGUACGUAACAGCAUGUGCAGAAUGGCAAAUUAACAGGCAGUCAUGUAAAUAAUUCACUGUGAAUUCACAUGGCUACAUGAUAUAUUGUAACAGAGGUAAGUCUGAGAGAGAAUGUAUUCAUCCCAGCUUUAAAACAUUAUCACUGUUAUCGUUUAUUACUUCUAAAGUAAAUGCAAGCACGAUAUAUUUGCAGAUGUUGUUACCAAAAAAAAAUUACUGAGGUUUAAGUAGAUUUGUAUUAUUAUUAUUAUUAUUAUUAUUAUUAUUAUUCUUUUAGAAAGUGAAUCUUCUUUUUAUUUAGUUUGCCAGAGUUCUAGGAAAUCAAAUGAACAAAAGGCAAAUUGUUUUAAUUAAAUGUAUCCGUUUAGAAAUUAAGAAUGCGUUGAUUUAUAAACGAGGAGUCAGCUGGCUGGCUGUGUCUCUGGUAGGAUAGAGAAUCACUAACCGUUACUAACUUUUACAUUUUUUUUUUUUUUUUUUUUAGUUUUUGUUUAAAAACUGUUUUCAUAGUUUUAAGCACUUAAGGAGUUUUCUUUCUUGAAAUUUAAAAUGAUUUUUUUAAUGUUCAGAACAAUGUAAAUUAUUGAAUGUAGUAAACUAACACAGACACCACGAAGAAGGGAUUAUAUUGUAGCGUCAAACUGAACAGGAUUGUGGGGCUCUGUCUGUCUGUCUGUCUGUCUGUCUGCAGCUUUAAUGAAACUAAACUCUCUUCAGAAUGUAGUAAACUAACACAGACACCAAGAAGAAGGGAUUAUAUUGUAGCGUCAAACUGAACAGGAUUGUGGGGCUCUGUCUGUCUGUCUGUCUGUCUGCAGCUUUAAUGAAACUAAACUCUCUUCAGAAUGUAGUAAACUAACACAGACACCACGAAGAAGGGAUUAUAUUGUAGCGUCAAACUGAACAGGAUUGUGGGGCUCUGUCUGUCUGUCUGUCUGUCUGUCUGUCUGUCUGUCUGUCUGUCUGCAGCUUCAAUGAAACUAAACUCUCUUCAGAAUGUAGUAAACUAACACAGACACCAAGAAGAAGGGAUUAUAUUGUAGCGUCAAACUGAACAGGAUUGUGGGGCUCUGUGUCUGUGUGUCUGUCUUCCUGUCUGUCUGCAGCUUUAGUGAAACUAAACUCUUUUCAGAAUGUAGUAAACUAACACAGACCCCAAGAAGAAGGGAUUAUAUUGUAGCGUCAAACUGAACAGGAUUGUGGGGCUCUGUCUGUCCCACAUUUUUAUAAUUUUAAUAAUAUUCUCCUUUUCAGGAAAGCUGCUUUUGAAAUGUAAUUUCAUUUGGGAUACAAACCCUCUUGUUUUAAAUUCUUUGUUAGAAGAAAAAAAAAUAAUUCAUGUAUUACAGAGUCUAACUAAUGGAAAACAUGGUCAGAUUGAAAAUGACUGUGCAAAUAUACCAUGGUAAACUUUAACAAACAUUUUUGUACAACUGUGGCCAAAAGUUUUGCAUCCUCUCCCCCUAUAUAAUGAACUCAUUUUGCUUCUUAAAGUCAAUUCAAACCUGCUGAAUAAUGUUAUUAUUAUUAUUAUUAUUAUUAUUAUUAUUAUUAGUUUAUUUAGCAGACGCCUUUAUCCAAGGCGACUUACAGAGGCUAGGGUGUGUGAACUAUGCAUCAGCUGCAGAGUCACUUACAACUACGCCUCACCCGAAAGACGGAGCACAAGGAGGUGAAGUGACUUGCUCAGGGUCACACAGUGAGUCAGUGGCUGAGGUGGGAUUUGAACCGGGGACCUCCUGGUUACAAGCCCUUUUCUUUAACCACUGGACCACACAGCUGCCUUAUUACAGACAUUCUACAGACGAACAAACAAGAUAAUGAAUGAAUGAAUGGUCUUUUUAUGCAGCUAAACAUUUGACCCCAGCCCUGAAGUUGUAUUGCUGAAGUGUUAUUGUUGUUAUUGUUAUUAUUCUGUUUUAUUUUCAGACUCCCUUGUAUAGGGAUGGGGCACAUUUUAAGGAUUUCUUUACUGACAGAUCUCUUGUCAUGUUAAAUAAAAGGCCAUGUUUUAAA